ACAGUACCGUGGAUCCAGUAAAUACUCUGCACACUGCAGCGCGAAACGGCGCCAAUUUCAGCGCUUUGUCCUCUCCGAUCGGACGACCUGCAGACGCCUGGAGUGUAAUCUCUGUGUCGCUCCGCCAUCUUGUUGAGGACCGCAAAGAAGAAGAAGAAGAAGAAACCGUUACCCUUAUUCUCACGAAGCCAGCUAACCGUUAGCGGACAUGUCGGGUGUUGUGCGAGGCCCUGCUGGAAACAACGACUGUCGAAUCUACGUGGGCAACCUUCCUCCCGACAUUCGCACGAAAGAUGUGGAGGACGUGUUUUACAAAUACGGGACAAUUCGAGAUAUCGACCUGAAGAACAGGAGAGGGGGGCCGCCCUUCGCCUUCAUUGAAUUCGAAGACCCCAGGGACGCCGAUGAUGCGGUUUAUGGACGCGAUGGUUAUGACUACGACGGGUACAGACUGCGUGUGGAGUUUCCCCGGAGCGGCCGGGGCUCAAGAGGCGGGUUCGGAGGGAUCGGCGGAGCUCCUAGAGGGAGAUACGGCCCUCCAUCCAGACGCUCGGAGUACAGGGUCAUUGUGUCGGGACUCCCUCAGAGUGGCAGCUGGCAGGACCUGAAGGAUCACAUGCGUGAAGCAGGCGACGUGUGCUACGCCGACGUUUUCAGAGAUGGAACUGGAGUUGUAGAGUUUGUGCGCAAAGAAGACAUGACCUAUGCCGUUCGAAAGCUGGACAACACCAAAUUCCGCUCACAUGAGGGAGAGACUGCUUACAUUCGUGUGAAAUUAGACGGUCCCCGCAGCCCAAGUUACGGAAGAUCACGCUCCCGAAGCCGUGGCAGCCGGAGCAGGAGCCGCAGUCGCAGCGCCAGCCGCAGCCGGAGCAAUUCCCGUGGCCGUGGCAGAGGAUCACCACGCUACUCGCCUCGUCACAGCCGCUCUCGCUCCCGUUCCUAAACCUUUCUACCACCGAUGUUUUGCCCUUUUGAUGUACACCCUCCUGUUUUUACCUCUUAUCAGUUUCUCCGGAUGUCAGCAAUUGAUUUUUAAUUUUUGCAUUUCAUGUCCCGAUGUCCUUGUGGAUGAUCUUGGUAUGUAGAUGUACUCCCCCUUUCACCCUCUCCAGCUGCUUUGUCCUUUUGUUUUCUCCCUCUCUCUCCCCCCCUUCUUCCUGUCCUCAACUUUUGCAAUAGAAAUUGUGCUGUGUUGAACUUCAAAAACCUUGAGCCGUUAUCACAUGCACUCAACGUUUUUGCAAGUAUUGAAAUAAGUUUUGUCUUUGUUUAAUUUUUUAAAAAAAUAGCUUCUCAUUGGAAAUGUGGGGGUGGGCUGUUUUUUGAAUUGGGGAGCCCGAUGCUUAACUGUAUUUUACCCUUGUGUCUUCCUUUAGACAUCUGAAGAGAAGGAUUAAAGUGAUUUGGAAUAAAACCA